UGUUGUUUACACAGAGAUUUGGAGAAAGAUAGAUUCCUUGUUGCAGGACAAGUGGUGAUUCCCGACAGGAGUAAGAAUGAAAUUCGCUCCAUACCCUAUAAAUACAUUGUUUAUAAGUGGAAUGGGAAGCACUUUGAUCACGGUACAUAUGAGUACAUCUACAAGACAAACUCCGGGUAUAUUGUCAACAGGUGCCUGUCCAUCAAUCAAGAUCUUUUGACACAUGAAGGGGAAUGGCACCAGUAUGACGAUGUCAUAUAUCCAGAACCAAAACAAGACGUUCUGUCACUUGUUACCAACUGGUUUCAGUGGUGGAAUAAUGUGAAGAGCAACUUAGUAAAGGGAAGACAGCUGGCUGGAAAGGUGAUGUUGGAAGGCAUCUUUGAUCUUCUGAGAACCUGGACUGAAGUGAAUGUGAGGGGUUUCUUUUCCCAGCUCCAGCAAUUCUUCACCACAUACAGCUGUCCCCGUGUCCAUGACGGUGGAGGAGAGGCACCAUGGGAAUUAUCGUUUGGAGCAGAACAGGUGAGAAGCCUCAUGAAAGACUUCAUGGAGGAAAACCUAGAUCCUCAGUCCCAAAAUAGAAGAGAAAAGCAUGACGUUUUCCUCUCAGACCCACUGAAAGCAGGAAUUAUCAUCCUGAUUGUGUACAACAAGUACAGAUUGAAAGAGGACAACAGAGAUCAACUCUCUCAUCUUUGUCAGCUGCUCUGCCUGCCAAAAAAGUCAAGAGACGAUUUCCUUGCAUACUGGACAGACUUCACCCGAGGCCUACCCGAGCAUAUUGGUGUUGCAGAGGAAGUUGAGGGGCUUUGCAACGUUGCAAGAGAGGGGAGUGUUGUGAGCUGGAUCUUAGUCAUCCCUCUCCUGCAUCUGCUUAGAGGGGACAGCAAGCCUUUUGAACCCAUUCCAUCCACCAUGGAUCCACCGUUGACCACCUGGGCAGGGCUUAAAGGGAUCCGAAUAAAAGACCCCUACAGAAGCACAAGGGGCCUGAUGAAGGUCAUGACAGAUCACUCACACCUGGUGGAGGUGGAUCAUCUGCUUGUGCGCUCCUGGAUGUGUAUGCUAGAGUUGGAAGACUUGAUGAGCUUUAUAUUGGUCAUCCAUGUGGGUGUCUUGGACACACUUCAGCAACUCCAGUUCAGUCUCAAGUCUGUAACAUCUUACUACAACUAUGGGCAACCAGUGAAAGCGAUUUUGUCAUAUCUUAUUGAAACGACUGGACAACACUUCAGUGAUAACAGAUAUGGAGAAUGUUGCUUGAAAACAGCUGUGAGCGUUCUGGGGACAAUCUGUAAGAACACUGCUGAUUCAGACCGCUGUGAGCUUCCACUGGACUGCCUGCACCUGGUCAGUCUGACUGCAAAAACUGCUGGAAGCUUCCAUCCACAGUCAGCGGAAAACGAAGUUCUGGAGGAGACACUUCGAACAAUGAGGGAAUGGCGGCGAAAAGCAUUCCCAAAGAAACUGGUUUACCAUGGGUCCUGUUUUACCUCAAAGAAUGAGCUUACGGUCUGGAAAAGGUUGAUCUCAGUCACUUUUGGGAAUGAAGAACUCACUGAACGAUGGAGAAGUACUUUCCUAAAUGAUUUUGAAGGAAAACUAAAAACGGAGAAGCCCAUGCAUCUGAUUGAAAUCUACUGUGACAAGAUGGAGGAAGUGGGCAAGAUAAGUCCCUCUUUGUGUAACUCUCUGGAGAAAUGUGCCUUGGAGGCAGUCACCGCCAUUUGCCAGGACACAUCUAAUCUUCGUGAGCUGUUGAAGAAACAUGACUUUAGCAAGUUUGAGAAGCUGAUGUCUGUGAUAGUCCUGAAGUCCUGGCCCAAAACCGACGAUGGACGGUACGUCGAGGGCGAGGAGUUGGUGAUGAAGCACCUUCUGAGCUGGCCUAUGGCCAGAAGCAUCUUUCGAGUACAAGGCGCAAAUGGAGCAAUGAUUAACCGGUUGACAGAUGAAGCUAAAGAGCGGAUGGCCGUGGCAAGCUCUGCGUUCUGUUCUGUCGCAAAGAAAUUCAUCAACGGGGAAAUCCAGAUUAAGACUCUCAAUCAAGUCCUCCAAAGAAAAACAGAAUUCACUGAGCUGCUGAAUAUAGAUGUCCUGUGUGAUGAUGGUCGUUGUCAGGACGGGAAAGCCAUGAAACAAUUGCUGAGAUGGAGAGAGGAGGAAGUGGAGGCUAUCACCAAUGACAAGGAGAUGGUUGAAGGCCUUCUCAUAUUUUGCCACAAACUGCAGGAACAUCUCAAAAUCAAUAUGAGAGAGCUGCAGCACAAAAUCCAAGGGAACAUCGAUCAGAUGACGCUGGAUGAAUUCAUGGAAGUUCACAGACUUGACCACGCCUCCUCUGACGUAACUGGGGUGGUCACAUACUUCAACCUCUGUGAUGUCACCAGGCAGAUGGCAUCUACCCUACAUGCUAUCGGGGACAGCUACAUUUUCACCAUGUGUUGGGAGAACCAAGCCAAAGAGCUUUCACACAACCAACUUGACACAGAUGAGACAGAACCAAAGCCUGAGAGGGAGACAGAAGAUUACACUCUCGAUCUGAUCCACAGCAAAAUAUUCCAGAGUUGCAUCGAUAACUACAGGAGGAUCUAUGAGAGUUUGAGAUCUGGCACUAUGUCAUUGAAGGAGGUGGAUAGCAUCUUUGAAGCCUACAAAGACAAGUACAAAGACAUGGAAAAAGAUCUGAAGAUCAUGUGCAGGAUCAACUCAUCUGAUGAUGGAAGAUGGAUCAAGAGCAGGAUCCAGCAGAUCCAACAAUACCAUGACCUUCAUCUAGCAUUGGAAUCAGCCAAGGUCAUUAUGGAUGUUAGAGAGACUAUCUGUCCUCAAGGGGACUUCAAAGUGCUACAGACACUGCUGGAUAUGAAUACUGAGGACUUUAAAGAAGAGAGUCUGAAUCGCAUUGAUGACAAUCUGCUGGAGAUCAAGAAGGUUCUUGAGGACAUCACAGAACCUCGCAGACGGUGUCUUCGAGAGCUCAGCCUGAGGAUAAACUUUGUCAAAUGGGUCAAAGAAGCUCUUGAAGAUAUCAACGAGCUGAAAGUGUUUGUUGACCUGGCCUCCAUCUCCGCUGGAGAGAACGACUUGGAUGUGGACCGUGUAUCCUGUUUCCAUGACGCUGUUCUUGGUUACUCCUCCAUGCUCUAUGGGCUUCCACCAGAUACCGACUUUCAUGCCUUCAAGGAGGCUUUGACAAAACUAUGGAAGGCGCUUGGAAAUGACAGCAACAUACCAAAUAAGCUGCGGGAUACCGCACGCCAUUUGGAGUGGCUGAAAACGGUAAAGGACAGCCAUGGUUCUGUGGAACUCUCUUCUCUAUCAUUGGCCAAAUCCAUCAACAAAAGAGGCAUCUACAUCAUCAGUGCACAAAACCAGAAUAAGCUGAGUUUAGACACUGCCCUGAAGCUGCAGAUUCCAGAGCAGCAGGAGGAAGGUCAGAUGCGUAACUACUCCUUAGAAGACCUGAGAGAUCUGCAGAACAAACUCAUGCUGAUGUCUGGAAAGGGGGAGCAAAGCCAGAGUGAGGUGGAUCACUUUGCUGAGGUUUUUGACAGUGUCCAGAGGCUAGCUGUAGCGUUUGUAGACCUUUAUGCAGCUGGGAACCCACUUUUUAGGUGUUGGGAGGCCAAGAUUCACUGUAAUACUGAAAGUGAUACUGGUAUUGUAAUGGAAUUCAACCUUGGCGACCUCCUACAAAACAUCAGGCUGGAGGGCAAUGCAAUGGACCAUCUCACAGACCUGUGCAGGAAGAUAGAGGUGUGUUUGGAUGACUGGAACAGAUUCAUGGACAAACAAAGAUCUCAGCACUAUUACCUCAACUAUUACACCGCAGAGCAGAUAGUCUACCUUUGUAAUGUUUUGACAGAGAAAAAUGUGAACACUAAAUUGGAUGAAAAGGUGUUGAUGAUGCUCUCUUUCAUCAAACCUGACUGCUCUGUGUCAGAUGUGUGGGAGGCAUGGAUGACUUUUCAGAACAGAAUGACAGAAACUCUGAAAGACAAAGACACCAGAUAUCAGACAUUCAUUGACCUUCAUGAUGACUUGGGAGACUUUGAUUCUUCUUUUGCUGGUGAGGGAAAAGGUGCCAUCGAUGUUCUGCAGAGCCUUUUGGACAAGGCUGUUGGUUUACAAAAACUGGAUCUGGUCUGGGAUACUUACAUGAGAGAUAUGAGGAGCAUUCUCCAGGACUCCUUAGACACCAUAAGCUUUGGUCGUCUGCUAGAGAUGUUGGCCAACAAAGAGAACCAGGAAGAAGAUGAUGGAGAAGAACCCAUGCUUUUAGAACCAAGUGAGAAUACGGUCAGGAGAAAGCUCCCAAAAGGCCUCUUCAAUUGUCAACCUAAUCUCAUAAUCUGCCCACAAGAUGAAAUCUUGACUUCAAGCAUCUGCUUGUAUAUGACCAGUGAUUAUGAGCAGCUGCCUACCUACGACGAAGUCCUCCUGUGUACCCCUGCCACGUCCUAUGAGCAGGUGGAGCUUUUCUUCCGGCGAUGUCUCACACCGGGCUACAUGGGUGAGAAGAUCUAUACCCUGCUCUUCGCAGACCAGCUGAGCUACGAGGUGAGCUAUGCAGUGGAGAAGCUCUUUCAGAAACUGAGUUCAUGCUCCAGAAGCAGCUAUAGGCUGGUGAUCAUCUGCAGCGCAGAAAGAGAGCACGCCUACAUCCCCUCUGCCUUCAGUCACUUCAAACGGAACAUGGUGCCACGGGAGUCUCUUGAGAGGAUUCAGAGAUACCUGUCCAGGCACUACACUGUCCCCUCACACCAGACCAGUGCGGCAUCUGUGUUCAAAGGUAGACACUUUGUUGGGAUUGUGUCUUCACAGAGGGCUGGAGUUGGAAAAUCCCUGUACAUACAGAGGUUGUAUGAAAAACUGGAGGGAACUGUGACAAUGGGAACCACAUUCCGCAAAUGCAUUCGCUUAAUUGAGCCCAAGGUUGAUGAGCAUAUCAUUCUUCAGUCCUUGUUUGAAACGCCAGAGAGCAAGGAACACAAAGUCUUUCAUUUUGAUGUCACAUCCUCGGUACAGAAAGGACUGCAUGAAUUUCUAUUCAAACUGUUCUUCCUGCGUUAUCUGACGGAUUCCGAUGGACUGAUGUGGAAAUGCAGCAACAAGCACUUGUAUGUGAUUGAGACACUACAAUCCACCAAAGAACCGCCCGGACAUGCCUCAAGAUCUGAUCCAAAGGGACACUUUCCUCUCUUUGAGGUCUUUCCUAAGGUCUUCUGCCGUCCACCAAAAGACGUUAUGGGGUUGGAAGCGAGAAAUGGAGAUGAUCCGGUGCUGGACACUGAGGACCCACUCAUGGAUGACCAGUGUUUCAGGAGUGAGGCCUUUCAAAGACCAUACCAGUAUCUAACACGGUUCCACAGGGGUGAGAAUCUUGACAGCUUCAACUACCAAAGAGUUGAAGGAACUCAUGCAGAGUGCCUUCAAAUGCUCUUCAUCUACUGUGGUAUAAUUGAUCCAUCCUGGGCAGAACUGAGGAACUUUGCCGGAUUUCUCAAUCUUCAGUUGCUAGACUGUGAGACAUCUGAUUUCUGCAACUUUGAGUUUGUUGGAGACACUCUUGGAGGAUUCCGAAACUUUGUGGUUGACUUCAUGAUCUUGAUGGCCAAGGACUUUGCCACUCCAUCUCUCUGCAUCGCUGACCAGAGCCAUGGGAGGCAGCCGAUGGACAAUGGACUCAACGAAAGAGAUCUUGCCCCGUUCCUCAUCAGAAAGAGAUGGGAAUCAGAACCGCAUCCAUACAUCUUUUUCAAUGAUGACCAUGCGUCCAUGACCUUCAUUGGAUUUCACCUACGGGAGAAUGAGCAAAAUGGGGUUGAUGCCAUUAAUCCAUCAACAAAUGUGGUGAUCAAGAGAAACAUCAUGACCAAAGACCUGUACAAUGGCCUCAGACAUCAAAGAGUUCCCUUUAACAUCGACUAUGACCAACUUUCUCGAGCAGAUAAGAUUGAGCGUCUAUGUAGUGUGCUGGGGAUCAAGUGGCCAACAGACCCUGAUACAACAUAUGAGCUCACCACCGACAACAUACUGAAGAUGAUGGCCAUCCACAUGAGGUUCAGGUGUGGCAUUCCAGUCAUCAUAAUGGGGGAGACUGGCUGUGGGAAGACACGGCUCAUCAAGUUCCUGUGUGAGUUGAGAAGGAGUGGGGCGCCCACGGAGAACAUGAAACUCGUCAAAGUUCACGGUGGAACUACGUCUGACAUGAUCUACAACAAGGUGCGGGAGGCAGAGAAGAUUGCGGUUGCCAAUAAAGAGGAACAUGAUUUUGAUUCUGUUCUUUUCCUCGAUGAAGCUAAUACCACUGAAGCAAUAAGCAGCAUUAAGGAGAUCCUGUGUGACAACACUGUGCAAGGACAACAACUCAGCUCCCAAACUGGCCUGCAAAUCAUUGCUGCAUGCAAUCCUUACAGGAAACACACAGAUGAGAUGAUCAAGAGGCUGGAGGCAGCUGGUUUGGGGUACAGGGUCCGAGCUGAAGAGACUGAAGAAAGACUUGGAUCCAUCCCUCUUCGCCAGCUGGUGUAUAGGGUCCAAGUGUUGCCCCCGAGCAUGAUCCCUCUGGUGUGGGACUUUGGGCAACUCAGUGACCACACAGAGAAAAUGUACAUCCAGCAGAUUGUGCAGAGAGUUGUGGAAACAAAUUCAAUCAACAAAGGAUCCAUCAGGAUGAUCACUGAUGUGCUGUCGUCAUCGCAGACAUUUAUGAGGGAGAGGAAAGAUGAAUGCAGCUUUGUCAGUCUCAGGGACGUGGAGCGCUGCAUGCAAGUAUUUGUGUGGUUCUACAACAACCACUCGCUGUUUCAGGAUGAGUUAAAGGCAUUCCUCCAGAAACAACCCCAGGAGGAGAGGAGCAGGAGUGACCAGCUACACUCACCUGCCAGCGAUCCAGUUGAUUGGUCACUGUUGAUGGCUGUUGGUGUAUGUUAUCAAGCCUGUCUAGAAAGAAAAGGUGAAUACCAGACCGCAAUCUGCAAAUUCCUUCCCCAAGUCACCCCAAAGAAGAUGAAGCAGGAGAUCUCAGUCAUGCAGGACCUUCUCCUAAGCGGUGUCCCAAUGGGAGAGACAAUAGCAAGAAACAAGGCUUUGAAAGAGAAUGUCUUCAUGAUGGUGAUCUGUAUUGAGUUACGAAUCCCCCUGUUUUUGGUUGGCAAGCCUGGGAGCUCCAAAUCUCUGUCCAAAACAUUGGUUGCAGAUGCCAUGCAGGGCCAAGCUGCACAUUCUGAGCUGUACAAAAGACUGAAACAGAUUCACAUGGUGUCCUUUCAGUGCAGCCCUCACUCCACGCCAGAGGGCAUCAUCAACACUUUCAGACAAUGUGCCCGCUUCCAAGAGAGCAAGAAUUUGGAGGAGUACAUCUCUGUUGUUGUGCUAGAUGAAAUUGGAUUGGCGGAGGACUCCCCAAAAAUGCCUCUGAAAACAUUGCACCCUUUACUGGAGGAAGGCUGCAUUGAUGAUGAGCCACUGCCUCAUAAGAGAGUUGGAUUCAUUGGCAUCUCCAAUUGGGCUUUGGACCCUGCCAAGAUGAACAGAGGCCUCUUUGUGUCCCGUGGUGACCCGGACCAAAAUGAGCUACUCGAGAGCGCGAAAGGCAUAUGCUCGUCUGACAAGAUGAUUCUGGAGAAGGUUAAGCACCUCUUCAAAGCUUUCUCCCAAGCGUACAUGACAACUUGCAAGAAAGGAAAAGGGUUUUUCGGUCUACGAGAUUACUACAGUCUGGUGAAGAUGAUGUUCGCCAUCACCAAGGUCUCUAAGCAGAGCCCCAGUACAGUUCAAAUCAUUGAAGCAGUCCUAAGGAACUUCAGUGGAAGAGAUGAUGUGGACGCAGUGCGUAUAUUCACCAAAGAGCUGCCGGGCCAAUCCAUUCAACCUGAUUUGGAUGGCAUCAGCACUAUUGAUCUGGUGAAACAAAACAUUGUUUCCAUUUGCCAAGAUGAGGAGUGUCGAUAUCUCCUUGUCCUCACCAAAAACUAUGCAGCCCUCCAGAUUCUCCAGCAGACAUUCUUCUCAGAUCACAACCAUCCAGAGAUCAUCUUUGGUUCCAGCUUCCCAAAGGAUCAAGAGUACACUCAGAUCUGCAGAAAUAUCAACCGAGUGAAGAUCUGCAUGGAAACUGGCCAGACUGUUGUGCUUCUGAACCUUCAGAAUCUGUACGAAAGUCUCUACGACGCUCUCAACCAAUACUAUGUUUCACUUGGGGGUCAGAAGUAUGUCGAUCUUGGAUUGGGAACCCAUCGUGUGAAGUGCAGAGUUCACAAAGACUUCCGUCUAAUUGUCAUUGAAGAGAAAGAGGUGGUCUACAAGCAGUUCCCGAUUCCCCUGAUAAACCGGCUGGAAAAGCACUACCUGGACAUCAACACUGUCCUCAAGAAUGACCAGAAGGAGAUUGUCAAACAACUACAGGAAUGGGUCAAACAGUUUCUCUCCUUGAAAAGUCAGCAGUCCAAGACAAACCGCUACCUGCCACAUGAUGUCUUCAUUGGCUACCACUCAGACACAUGCUCCUCUGUGGUCCUGCAAGUGACAGAGAAGAUGAAAACCGAGUCUGACGAAUCUGACUCUCAGAGCAGAGUCCUGGAUGAAGCCAAGCUCAUCAUGCUGAACUGUGCAACUCCAGAUUCUGUCAUUCGGCUUGACGGGACUAAAUUAUCUGAUGUUGAGACCGAGAACCUGACGCAAAUCUAUUUUGAGGAGCAGAAUCAUCAUUCCCUGGCAGACUUCAUUGCCUCUCACACACAAAAGGAGGAAUGGAGGAAUUACCACUUUACAGAGGUCACAACAUUUUCCCGGCUAUUGACAGCAGCAGAUAUCCAUCAGCUACAGAACAUCACAGAGCGUUGCAACGUCAAGCUACUCUCACUGCAACAGUUUGACACAGAGCACUCCUUCCUCAAAGAAAUCAGGCAAUUUAUUGACUCCACAUCUGCCGACAAAGUCCUCAUCAUCCAAACAGACUAUGAUGAGGGUUCCCAGAGCAUGAACAUUCUGGCAUCUGCCAAAUAUUCAUCCAUAAAUGAAAUAAACAAACCAAAAGCAGAUGGUGACAACGGAAGGGUGUUUGUGUACUUUGUUACCAAACUGCCCCGAAUUGAAGGUGGAACCUCCUAUGCUGGAUUUCAUGGAGGACCCUGGAAAUCAGUUCACAUUGACGAUCUUAGAAAAUCCAAAGAGUUUGUAUCAGAUGUCCAGUCCUUGAGAAACCUACCCAUCAGCCAGCUUUUUGAGAAAAUUGAGGAGCCGUCCGAGGCAAUGCAAACAGAUGACACAGACAUCGAGGCACAUGCGGCAGAGCACUCUGCUGAGUUUGAUGUCACAAAUCUGGUGCGAAGCUGUGUGCAGAGUGCAGUGAGCAUGCUCAGAGAUCAGGAGGACAGUGGAGCUCUCAGCACCAGGAGGGUGGAGCUCCUGCUAACACUUCUGGACGAUAGCGAGGACCUGAAAGCUGCAUUCCUGACAACCCUGAGAAGCCGUCUUCACUCUCUACUGGAGAACCGUGAGCGAAACAUCCCCUCCCCCAAGAACUGGGUGUUAACGGAGGCGUCCAACAUCGAUGCUCUUCAGGAGGGGGGAACCUUCACACAAACUCUGUGGAAGAGAAUCAAAGCAGUGGUCACACCCCUCUUGGCCCAGUUGGUCUCGGUCAUCGACAGGGACUGUAAUCUGGACCUCCUGCUGGACCGCAACAGUGGGAAGGAAGUCCGGAACCUGUGGCUGAAGAUAUUUGGCAGUAACGAGAUGCUUGAUAUUCCUAAUGUGGAUCCCAAUUCUGACUCUAAGACCAUCCUGGUGCAGAGCCAUGUCACAGCUAAGAGGACCAUGUGCUGCACUAUGCCCUUCAGCUGGAGGAUCAGAGAUAUCCUGGAUGAACUAGUGAUGCAAUACGGAAGACGGGUCGAGGCGUUCUUUCAGAAAAUCCCCCUUGGUCAGUAUCUGGCUACAGUGGAUGAGAAACUGCAGAGGGAAUUUUUCCAAAGAUACCUGCAGGACUUCGUUGCCAUGACGAUGAAAGUGGCUUCAGAUGGGGAGUUAAAGCAUCUGCGUGAAGCCCUGAACUGCUGUGUGAAUGAGCUCCAGAGACGACGAAAAGCUCCAAGUGAAGAGAUUCCCUCCCUGCCCCUGAUCCACUCUGCCUACAACAUGUACCGUACCCGUCUGCACAACCUCACCAGGAUGAUGUCCCUGCAACCACAGGUGGUUCCUCACUUGCAGAAAAUCACACUAGUGAAGGACAGUCCAGAGAUGGUUCUGGAUGUUUAUGCAGCAGUUGCCUGUGUUGAGCUCCUGGAGCCGCUUGCAUUGGACUCUGAUGCCCAGUGCCAGGACUGGCUGAAGCAGGUGAAAGGACUGCAGGCGUCUAUGGAGCUGAUCUGCUCCCAGGGAAGCCUGAAGCAGUAUGGAGAGAGGAGCCGGGAACGGUUUGACUACAUCCGUAAUGAUUGGAACCGCAUCUGCAUCAUCUCUCUGUUUGUGGAACACAUGCUGCUAGGCUUUGAGUUUGAGGAGAGGGAGCUCAAGUCUCUGGUCCUUGAUCACACUCGUACCUUAGGCAAAAUUCUGGCAAAAAACUCAGACGUAAAAUCGGAGGAACCCUUUGCGGCCAUCAUCACAGUACUGAAGACUUGCAAGCAAAGAGCAAGUGAUCUGAUUUGGAAGUUUGGUUUCCAGUGCCGUGUGUGCAUGGGGGAACCCCAAGACCCUGUAGACCUGCCCUGUCACCACAUGUUCUGCCUGACCUGUGUCAGAGGAUGUCUCAACACAGGCCAAAUGUACUGCCCCGUAUGCAAACACGAACUCCCAGAUGACUUCGAGGUCAAAGUGUCUGAGGACGUAAGAGCUCGCAUCACCCUAAACGCCCGGUUCAGGCAGAGUUGCAAUGCGUUUUUCAUAGACCUCGUCACUACUGUGUGCUUCAAGGACAACAUCCCUCCAUCAAAGGGUGUCGUCCUACACCUGUUGUCCUUCCUCAUGGUUGAGACAGAACCGAUCCCACUCAUCAGAGCACAAAGUCAGAUACACACCAAAGAUUUCUCACCAUUUGAUGAGUCUCUGGACAAGAAUCCUGUGGUGCGAUCAGUGAUACUCAAACUCCUGCUCAAGUACACCUUUGAUGAAGUCAAAGAAUAUCUGCAGCAGUAUUUGACAUCGAUAGAGGAGAGCAACAUUCUAGAGGCUGAGGAUAAAAAUGAACUUUAUGCCCUCUACAUCAACUGCCUUGAGGACUCCAUGUUAGACAGAAUGCCACAUGAAUGCCACAAGCCUGCAGAUCAGCAGACCUACCUGCCGAAAGAGACUGAGUUCUUGCGUCACUUCCUGGACUCUGUCAUCGAGUCGGCUGAGACGGUCACAAUCGAGCACCUGCAACAGAUCGCGAGGGUCCGUCUAUGCCUGGACAUGGCCUCACACCUACUCCAUAGCACACAGUCUGGGGAAUGUGAAAACCCUCAGGAUGUGGUCAAGGAGUUCCUGUGGGCUGUUAUGAUCCUGUGUGAGGAGAGUAAGAACGACUGGUACCGGGUUUACCUGAUCCGCAACAUCAGCAGCCAGCAGGGUGUAGAGUGUGUCCAGAGGAUGCUGAAGGAUACAGAGAAGUACAGGUGGCUUUUCCCUGAAGAGAUACAGCAGCAGAAUGAAGACGUUGGCCAGAUGGACCAGUAUCUGGUCUAUGGAGAGGACUACCAGGCUGUCCGCGAGGCUGUUGCCAAAGCAGUACUACAGGGCAGUGUUCUGGAGAUUGAGGAGACGUGUCAGAGAUGCACUGCACCUCCAAGGAGGCGGACCUUGUAUGUCCUGCUGGCACUUUUCAGAGAAGUUACCAGUCUGUACCGAGCAGCCAACACAGGCCUCCACCCCACCCCUAAGCAAUGCCAAGAACUCGAGGACUUCAUCCAGGGCUCAAGGUACCUAAAUCGCAGGGAAGUGAGGGUAUUUGCCACAAAAUUGGUUCACAACAGGAUGGGAGGACUGAGUGUCCUGGCUGACCGGUCCAGUGUGGAGCACACCCUUAUAGACCUGGCUGUCCACUUGGCUGCUGUGCUGCUCACUGGGACAGAAGGGGUGCUUACACCUCUACAGCAGCUUGGCCUGUCUCCCGACAAUAUGCUGAGUGCCUUUCUACCCACAAUGCCUGAGGACAUGCUUGCUGUCGCUCAAAGGCUUAUAGCACAGAAUGAAGUGGAUUAUGGACUCUCCUGGUACUCUUGUCCGAAUGGUCACCCCUGUGUUGUGGAUAAGUGUGGUCAGCCCACGCAUAGGGCACGAUGUCUGGAGUGUAAGGCGGAGAUUGGAGGGGAGGACCAUGUUCCCUUGACUGGUUUCCAGAAGAUGGCGCUACAGCAGGGAGAUCUCACAAGGACUGGCCACAUCCUGGGAGACCCUCAGAGGAGGGACAACCCUGACACCCUGGACACCAAAAACAUGUCCCUCACCCCCUUCAUCCUGGUCAGACUGCUCACCCACCUGGCCAUGCUGAGAGGGGCCUCAGAGCAGCCACAGUCCGUCCUGCAGAUCAUCCAGCCUCCAGUCCAGGACGCCUGUGAAUUUCUGAUUGGUCACCUGCUGAAAGACAUGGAUCAGCUGACCAAAGUGCUGGGGAAGGGAACUGAUGACACUGUCACCACUGUCCACCUGAUAGUCAGAUCCAUUCUGGAACCACCACCGACCACUCAAUGGCCUGCUGGCUAUGAUUCCCAACUGUCAACUAAAGAGGCCAGAAAUGACUGGGAGACAACUGUUGCUGCUGACAUCAUCACUCCUCAGUUGAAGCGCCUUGACCAGCAGCUGAGGGUGGUGAACGCCACCAUCAGAAACGACUCCCGUGUCUCCUCUAACUUCGUCAUGAGGGUGACAUUUGGGGACGAGUGUCCGUUGUCCUCCCUGCCUCGGGGCUCCCAGGUCCACUGUUCAGGGGUUUGGAGCUGCAGAGAGAGGGUGUCCCUACUCGGCCUCACCCACAUCGUAGAGCAGAACGACGGAAAGGACAAGCUGCCGUUACUCUGGAGGUUCCUACAGAAGGAGGCGGAGUUCCGGCUGGUCAAGUUCCUUCCAGAUAUCCUGGCCCUACAGAAGAGUCUGGUGAAAAAGUUCCAGAACUCAUCCGACCUGAUGGAUGACUCCAUCAGAGAGUUCAUCGAAAGACAGUCAGCACCAAUGAGAUUGUGGUACGAGAAGCGAGUCCAGAUCUUCCUGAACACAUGGAACCUGCUCAGAGUCUCUGUAGCCACCAAUGAGAUAAAGAUCCCAGAGGACUUCUGGAGGGAGGAUUUGGACCUGGACAGUGACCUCCAGUACCUCCUGCCGCGGCGCCAGGGUCCAGGCUUGUGUUCCACGGCUCUGCUCAGCCACCUGGUGGCCCUGCACAAUGAUCUGCUGCACGCUGUGGACCGCCACACUGGGGAGGACACCAGCUACAAGGUGAGCCUGUCAGAGCUGACAGAGCUGCAUGUGAUCCGCUAUGAGCUGGAGAAGGACCUGCUGCCCCUGGUGCUGUCCAACUGCCAGUACAGCCUGGAGCGAGGCAAGGAGACCCUGUCUCAGUACGACCUGCCCAAGAUCCAGCAGCAGGUCCUCACCCGCUUCCUGCAGGGCAAGCCUCUCAUCACACUGACUGGAAUCCCGACUCUGGUCACCAGACACGAGAGAGAUUAUGAUACCAUUUUCAAAAUGGUGAAAGGAUAUGUGUCUCAGGAGCAUCUUCCGUCCCUGACCCUCACAGCCCUGUCCAGGGAUCUGCAGUCGUACAGCGAGGUGUGUGAGGCCCUGAAGGCCGUGGAGCUGGCUCUGGGCUUCCUGUCCAUGACUGGGGGAAAUUCCCAGAUGCCCCUGGUCCACUACCUGGAGGACAUGCUGAAGAUGGGCGAGCAGACAGACCCUCACAUCUUAAUGGCUCUGAGCAGGUGCAGUCUGAAGCACUGUGUGGCUCUGUGGCAGCUCCUGUCUUCCCUCAAAUCAGAGAAUAUGCUGAAGAGUGUGAAGAGGGACCCUUUCUCUGGGGUGUCAGCUGAGUACCAGCAGCCCCUGACGGAGGAACAGAAGAGGCUGCUCCAGGGCUUCAUCUCCAGGGGUCACGUUGACACCUGGCUGCUGGAGAUGCACGAGUUCCUCCUGCUGAACCUGGGGAAACCACAUGUCUCAGACACCUACGGACCAGGCUGGAGUGUCAAAGAGACGUUGGCUGCAUACAUGGACCGCAAAGAAGUAGAAGUCCUGCCGGACGUGGAGGCCUCCUUCCCGGACGAGAUACUCCUCUCACAGAUUGUAGAGACCUGGAAAUUUACUGUGACUGCCCAACAGGAAUGGAUGAUGUAAUGUGAUCAACCGGCCAUCUGAAUGUAAAGGGCUACUACAAACCGUAGAUAAUCAGGGAAAUGUUAGAAUAGAUCACAGGAGUGGCCCUCUCGUCACCCGAUUUGUUGUUAGCCUUAAGUGAUAGCACAGUACAGGAUGUGUCCCACUGACACUCCAGACGUGGACAGAGCAUAUUUAUAUGGUAAAUGUGAAGAAUCAUGCCUUUCUCCAUGCAAAAACUGCUUUGAAUGUGAUUUUCCCAGACUGUUAAAAGAAACUGUUUUUACAGAAUAUUUUUUAUGUUCAUUUUUGGGGGAAAUAUAGUUUACUUUGAGAUUCUAUUCAAACUUUUCUAUAAUUUUUUUUGAUGCAGUUUAAAAUUGUUUAUCAUACUUUUAUGUUCUCUUUUUUACCUUGUUUUUUUUAAAAUAGGUUUACAUCUUCAGACUGUUGUUGGUUGGUGUUUCUUCCAAGUUAAUCUAUCCUGACACCAUUGACUUUAGAUCAGUAGGCGCUAUCGGUCUAAUUUGCAGCCUUGUUAGUGAAAUGCAUGACAUUCGAAUUGUAUCUGGUUGAGAAUUCGGUAUAUAGCCUCAUCUCUAAAAAGAUAACUUGAGUUUUUUGUUCUGAUUGAAUGUGAGUAGAUUCUUUGCUUUGUCUUAAAUCAUUUGUCCAAAUCAUUGCAUCUUGAAAUAAAGGGGCUGGAGCCAUCAUCGCACUCUGA